CAAACUUGAAGCACUCCCGCAGCUUCUUCGUCAAAGGCCUUUUCAAAGAGGAAGUUGCUUUGGAACAGCUAGCUCCUCACCUUCAAAGCGGUGGCCUUUCUUCUGGAGGUACAGAUGCAGGCGAUGAGGGGUUUGCGUAGGCUAGAGGGAGGAUCGAGCUGGCAACAGAAGAUAGUCUGCGCUUGCAGGGGGAAAUGCAGGAGCUGGAGACACCUUUGAGCCCAUCAGACAUGAUGGAACCUGCAAAGGGACCCCUCAAGUUCGUGAGGUUUGAGCCCCAGGAGCUACAAGAGCCCCGCUACCAGCGCCGUCAGCCAGAGCCCGUCGACCCGAGGGCUCCCCUCCCUCCCCGCCCCUUCUUCCCCACCGCCUCCCCCCAAGCCAAUGCGCCCCAAAACGGCCCCCGCGUUGCUCCCUUCAGCCUCGAAGACCCGACCGCAAGUCCCCCCUCCAGGAGCUUCCGCUCGUGGCCGACGUUCACCAGCCGACAAGUUGACUCGCGGCGCAUCUUUGCGGAAGAGCUCAACUGGCGGAAGUCGGGCGUGUUUGACCCCCACGGGAAGCUCAUCCGGCAGUGGAACAAGGUGUUUGUGAUCGCAUGUCUAGUUGCUGCGGCGGUCGACCCGCUGUUCUUCUUCCUGGUGGAAGUGGACCUCGACCGACGGUGCAUGCAGAUCGAGCGGAGCUUUGCGGUGACUGUGACGGUGCUCCGGUGCGUCACGGACCUGGUGUACUUUCUGCAGAUGCUGCUGCAGUUUAGGGUCGCAUACACAGAGCCAUCGUCGAGGAUCUUUGGGCGGGGGGAGCUGGUGGUGGACAAAGAGAGCAUCGCGAAGCACUAUCUGCAGGGCAACUUUGCGCUCGACUUCUUCGCGUGGCUGCCGAUCCCACAGUUUGUGCUAUGGGCGAUCAUCCCCAAUUUCAAGCAGCCCGGCACCGCGAGCGCUGCCAAGAACGGGCUGCGCUUCGUGGUCAUUCUGCAGUACAUUCCGCGCAUCGUUCGCCUGGUUCCCAUCCAGUCCUCGUUGCAGCGCCCCGGCACGCUCGCCUUCGAGACCGCCUCCUCCGGCUUCGUCAUUAACCUGCUAGUCUUCCUGCUUGCCUCCCAUGUUAUCGCCGCCAUCUGGUACUUACUGGGCGUCGAGCGCGUGGACCACUGCUGGCGCCAGGUGUGCGCCAGUGAGGCGGCGAUCAACUGCAACACCGACUUCUUCGACUGCAGCAGUGUGGGUGAGCCAGGGCGCAUGGCGUGGAGUGCCGCGACGAAGGUGACGGACCUGUGCGUGGACCAGAGCAUGGAGAUUGGGGGGUUCUUCAACUAUGGUAUCUACCAGCCGAUCCUGAAGAUCGUCGCCACCCUCGGGGUCAAGCGCUACUUCUACUCCCUCUGGUGGGGUCUCAAGAACCUCACGUCGAUGGGCCAGCCGUUGAUUCCGAGCACGUUCACGGGCGAGCUCUGGUUCUGCAUCAUCAUCGCACUCACGGGAAUGCUGCUCCUGGCCAUGCUGGUGGGAAACAUGCAGAAAUACCUCCAGUCGCUGGGCCGGCGCGUCGAGGACCACCGCACGAUGCUGCGCGACACGGAGGCGUGGAUGAAGCACCGCCAGCUGCCGACCGAUCUGCGCAAGCGCAUCCGCCAGUUUGACCGCUUCAAGUGGGGCGCGAUGCACGGAGUGGACGAGGAGAAGCUGCUGGAAGCGUUGCCCGAGGAUCUCGCGCGCGACAUCAAGCGCCACCUGUGUCUCGACCUCGUCAAGAAGACGGAGGCGAAUGAGAAGAAGAUGCUCGAGGCACUCCCCAAGGAUCUGGCGCGCAAGAUCAAGCGCCACCUCCGCCUCGACCUCGUCAAGAAGGUGAGUUUUAAGAUUGCAGGGACUUCGGAUACUGGGGUUUUGGGUUUUGAUUUUGAAGAGUUACGGGAGAACGUUUUUGGGGCGGAUUGGGAGAAGGUGCUCAAGGCACUCCCGGAGUAUCUGGCGCGCCACCUGUGCCUCGACCUCGUCAAGAAGGUGGGUUCGCUUCUGGUUGCGGUUUCAGAAAUCGGAGCUGCUGGAAGCAGUGCGGAUUUGGAACGUGACAUCAAGCGCCACCUCUGUAUCGACCUCGUCAAGAAGGUCCCCCUGUUCGAGCGGCUGGACUAUCUGGUGUUAGACGCCAUCUGCGAGCGGCUGAAGCCGCAGCUCUUCAUCCGCGGGAGCUGCAUCAUUCGGCAGGGCGACCCAGCCUUCCGCAUGCUGUUCGUCAUCCGGGGCACGCUCCAGAGCGUCGAGUACAAGCGCGGCCAGUCGAACACGCUGGUCGACACCGUCACGCUGACGUCAGGAGACUUCGUGGGUGACGAGCUGCUGACGUGGUGCCUGGACCCCAGGCCGAAACAGUACUACCCGUCCUCCCCGCGGACCGUUGUCACGGACAGUCAGGUGGAGGCGUUUUCUCUGAGCGCGGACGACCUGCGCUACGUGACGGGCCACUUCCUGCGCAACACGCACCGCAUGGAGCUGCGGCGCGCGCUGCGCUUCUACAGCCCGCACUGGCGCAUCUGGGGCGCGCUCGCGAUCCAGGCGGCAUGGAGGCGGUACAAGCAGAGGAAGAACGGAACACGCCGCGCGUCGGAAAGCAACUCGCUCGCCGCAUCCACCGACUACUACCUGCAAAUAUUUUUGGAGAACGCGCGCAAAGUAAAGGACGCGCGCGCGGAAGCAGAGGCGUGCGACAUGUUCGACGACGAAAACAUGAAUGCGCGCGUGCGCUCGAGCAAGACUUUCCACGGGAGCGGCACCCGCGACCUUGACGACGAGAGCGGUAACGGUUCCGGCGACCUGGGCGGUAACGGCACCGCGCUCCGGCGGCGGCAGCGUGGGGGCGGCGCCGCGCGGCCGGCGGCGCGGGACACCGGAUCCGAUGUAUUCCCGCUCCUAUCUCCGACGUUGUGUCGAGUUCCAACGCCCACUGAGCAGAUUAUGAGCGGUUUGGGCGAUGUGGCCGCAGGGCAAAGUAUGGGUGGCGAAUCAAGCGGUGGUGGCGGGAGCGUGGCACGGAUGGGAAGCGGUUCGGGAAGGCUUCGGAAACCGACGCCGGUGCAGACGGAUCUCCCUUACCCGAGCUCGCCGACACACCAGAGAGUUCCGACGCCCACCGAUGACUUUGAGGAUAGCUUCUUCGACGAAAGAUCGGGUGCGGAACGGCGGACGCUGAGGCAAAGGAGGGGUGGGGACGGGUUGGAUUUGGAGGUUGCAGCAGACCCUUUCGGCGUUAACGUGCGUGACAGAGUGCCUUCUAUGGGCAGGUCUCUGGUUGGGGACAACGAGUCCCGUGAAGGAGCUUCCGAGCCCGAAGUAGGCCCGGAUGCGUUCAAUCGAAUCCUCUCGAGGGGGAGGGCUCUAGAAUAGUUGCGCUCAAGGCGACACGAUUCAGAACUCAAUGCAAUCGACUUUUGUUUGUGUUUAAGCAAGCUGCUCCAGAUCAAGACAAGGACGCUCAAGAGAGAACGCCGAACGGUCGAUUAAGGCCCUGGCCCAAGUUUGAUCGGACAUCUGUAUUUAGACGCUUCUUCUUACAGCCAUAAAAUAAACGUAGUCGGUGUAAUCAAGAGAAGGGCAACUUUCGUGCCCUAGCAAGCAAAAACGCGCAAGUACGACACACAUACGACAACACCAUUGGCAGGUCGAAUCAACAGUGGUCUCGUUACGUCGUACCCAGUGCGGCCAUAGGCUUCAAUCUUAUGGCAUCCAAUUGUUUGAGGUUGACGGUAUCUGCUUAUGAUAUAAACAACUACCUACCAGCAAUUUUCUUAUACACCGUACCGACGCUACACCUCCAGAUGUAUGCAACUCACUAAUCGUUGAAAUGCUUAG